CCUCAAGAGCAGCGGGGUUCCCAACCAACCUUGAGCCCCUGAUAUUGUUGGACUAUGACUUCCAUCAUGCCCAGCCAUGAGGCCGUGAUGGCUAGGGGUGAUGGGAGCUGUAGUCACUUUGGGGGACCCAGGUUGGGAACCCUUGCUCUAGAAGGCAAACUGGGUGUUGGGAAUCUCAGAGCUAGGAUCCCACCACACAUCCCUGUUGAUCUCUCCUCCGUAUUCUAGGCCAUGGUUCCAUGUUGAGAGGCAACUGGGCUGUGCCCCGCACUGCAGAAACAGAGGGGCAGUUGGUUGGGGUUUCUAGUAUUCAGCUGUGUAUCUGAAAUGUGGUAAAGAACUCCCACUUUCCAUGGCCUGUUGCAGAUGCGGGGUGUGGUUGUGCUGACUUAAGUUCCUGGAGCAGUGGUGGCCAGUAUGUACAUUUUGGUCAGUGUGUAGUGCAAGUGCUUUACAUGUAUCAAGUCCACGACUGCAGUUGGGGAGAAGUGUCAGAAGGUUUUGGAGAGUCAGAAAGGAAAUUGGUUCCUUUUUGCGAAGGGUACAGUUCCUGAGGACUUUCUGGACAGCAAAAUAAAAUGGAUUUUAUUUUUAGUGCUUUUCUGAUACUAGCUCCAAGGUCUAUGGCCACUGAUCCCCAUGGGGUGGGGGAAGAGUGCAAAUGUGCACAGAUUAGUUUCUGGAGUUUGAAGAACUAUUAUUUUUUGGUGUGGAGAAGGUACAGGGAUCAUGAAGUGAUAGGGCACUGCUGAAACAGGAAGGGGAGCCUUGUUGGUGUUCAUUAUUUUUAAAAUACUUUUUUUAAAUCUUUAAAAAUGUAUAUGAACAUUCCCUGCUUGAAUGUGCAGUACCUAACCUUGACAGACAUGUUAAGAAUAUAUUAAAAUUUAGAAAGAUUAUAAAGUGACACAAAUAUGGAGCGUGGGUGUGAGAGAUUUGUCAGCAGGGAUGACAUGGGCACUAGCCAAUAGGUGUUCCAUAAGAUUUGCACAACUGCCACAUUUUUCCAGGAGGAAGAAUGUUAUUUUCUAAAGGUGCUGGUGGUGCUUGUGUGGUUGUGUUGCUCUACUCUGCAUGUACGUUGAAGAUGUGGAUUUGACAGAAUUGGCUAGGUUCUGGGCGUGUGUUGGAUUCAGUGUUCUUGGAAGAUGGUUUCAAAAGUACCUGAGUAGUUCCAUCUCUGAAACAGGCCUAAGCAGAUCAGUGCUUGGAUGGGAGCUUUCCUGAGAGCCCCAGGCCCUGAGCUCCUUAGAAAGAGGAUUGCAGUGCAAAUGUGGUUCCAGAAUGAGGGGGGCUACGUCUUGUACCCCCAGAUCGGCGAUCGCCUGGACCUCAUCUGCCCACGCUCCGUGCCGCUGGGCCCCUUCUCCACAGAGGACUAUGAAUAUUACAAGCUGUACCUGGUCCAGACGGAGCAGGCAGAGCGCUGCGAGAUCCUGCGCAGCCCCAACUUGCUGCUGACCUGUGACCGGCCUGAGCACGACAUGCGCUUCACCAUCAAGUUCCAGGAGUACAGCCCCAACCUCUGGGGCCACGAGUUCAAGACCAACCAGGAUUACUACAUCAUCACAACAUCCGAUGGAACCAAGGAAGGGCUGGAGAACACCAAGGGAGGGGCCUGUCUUUCCAAGGGCAUGAAAGUCGUCUUGAAAGUCGGGCAGAAUCCCAGCACAGGCUCCAAAUCCCAGAAGUCAGUUCCAGAUACGCCCGCUGAGAAGGAGCGAGGGACGUCGGGUGCCGCUGAGCCCAACAAGGAGAUGAACCCAGGACCCCCCACUGGAAACACCACUGGGAAGGUGGGGGGAGAGAAUGGCCCCCUGCCCCAGUCCAACGUGCCCAUCAUUGCCGGGGCCGCCGGGGGAGCCGCCUUUGUCCUGCUGGUGGCCGCCGCCGUGACGGGGGCCCUGUGCUAUCGCCGCCGGCGGGCCAAGCACAGCGAAUCCCACCACCCGCCCCUGUCGCUCAGCACCCUGACCAGCCCCAAGCGGGGGGGCGGGGGCGGCGGGGGCAACAACAACGGCUCCGAGCCCAGCGACAUCAUCAUCCCGCUCAGGACUUCAGACAGCGCCUUCUGCCCCCACUACGAGAAGGUGAGCGGGGACUACGGCCACCCUGUCUACAUCGUGCAGGAGAUGCCCCCGCAGAGUCCCGCCAACAUCUACUACAAAGUAUGAGGGGGUGGGGGCGGCAAAGCUCCCUCGGCCUGCCUCUCCCACCCUGGCAUGGGAAGGGGAGAACUCGGCACAGACGGGGUGAGUGGGACGUAGCCACCCCACCCCUCUCUCACCCACCCCGGGACACUGUGCAGAACGGGGUCAACGCAAGGGUGCCUGUGCCACCCUCCAGUAACCAGGGGGGUUCCUGGGACUCGGACCGUCUCCUGCCAGCCAAGGAAGGCAAGGACCCUCUCCUCCCAGCGGCCUUUGCCUUGCAGUGGAUUCUGGCCUGGCUGAGAGCAACAGAAGGAGGACACCACCACCACCCCGCUGACUGAUGGGAGCUUCAUGGAGCCAAAGGAUGAAGUCUGGCUUAAGCUCACCACCCAUCCCGUGUGCUCUGCCUGGAAAAGGGCCGACCCCUUCCCCUCUUCCACCUGGUCACUCCUCCCAGCUGAGCUCUCUGUGCAGUCCACCCUGGGUGGGCUUCAUGGGGUGCAGCUGUGCCCCAUCUCCUCCUGGCUUCAGCACUCCUAGGAAGAGAUGUCCAUUUCGGGCGGGCCACAUGCCAUCCUCCAGCUCAACACAGGAGGAGUCCCUACACCCAAACCAAACCAGUCUGGGAAGAAAAACUCUCAAGGAUGCCCACGUUGUGGCUAGAGAUUUUAGUGGGGGUGUUCGGCGGGAAAACCGAGAUGGCAAAGCCUGGAAUUGGGCGUUGAAUUUAGUUGUACAUUAUUGCCCCUCCCCUCCCCCAAGUUUUCAAGGUAUAAGGCCCCCCCCCGACCCCCUGUUUUGCUAAAGUGUUCCUCAAAAUGGAAAUUUCAAAGAUGAAGUUUUUUUAAAAGAAUGUUGCGUCAUUUCACAGUUGUGCAAAGUUGAAUUCCAGCUCUGCAGUUUCUCCUCCUCUCCUUAGUCUGGCUAUCGCCUCCUUCAGGCUCCAGCGAGGAGAGAUUCUCCCCCUUUCCCCACCGUCAACAAAACCUCCCGGGCAGGACGGCUGGCCAGCCUCUUGGGGGGGAUGCUUGUCCUCUUGGGCCCCCCCUUGCCCCCCGCCCCGCUCCCAACCUCUGCCUGCACACCCACCACCUCCAGUUGCUACGGAUUCCCACGGACACAUUUGGGUUUCCUUCCCCAUCAUUGCCACACCUCCCGCCACUAGUUCGGGAGGAUUUAACUGUGUGCCCCUUCGUGCGGAUGGGGGUUGGUUGGGAUACAAAAUGAAGGCGGCCACUUCCCUGCCAGUGUUUGGACCCGGAAGGCUCUGGCGCUGGCAUCGCCCACGGAUCAGACUCGAUAUCGGAAGAUCGCUUAUUUAUCCAGCCGUGGCCAUUUGGGGAGUCUCUUGUCGCUUGGGAGGAAGAAGAAAAAAAUCCCAUCUGAAGCAAAAUGGCUGCCCUUCCCCAUCAGCCUGUGCUGGGAAGACGGGAGUGUCAGGGUCUGUUGCCCAAUUUGGGGAGAAGACGGUGACUGAGCCUUCCCAAGCGGCCACAUCCAGCGGACCCGGAUCAGCAACACCUCGUGUGUGACAUUUAGUGGGGCUCCAAAAGUGGAGGGACUCUGUGUAAGAGACAGGGAAACAUGGCUGGGCUUCCCCUGGUUUGGCAGAAAAAUGAAAAGAAAAGGGGUGUGUGUGGUCUUUUUCAGCUUUAACAGAGGUUUUGUUUUGUUUUUUCGAUCUGAGAGUUUCUUAGCUAUGUCGGUGGAAUUUUACUGUUGGAUCAUGUUGAUAAUAGAAGUUCUUGUGCA